AUGACUCUCAAAACUGGUCUCCAAGGCACCCAUGUUCUCAUAACAGGUGGAACACGUGGUAUGGGUCAGGCAAUGGUUCGCCAGUUCCUCCAAGAAGGAGCCGACGUGUCAUAUUGCGCCCGCACUGUCACCAAUACUGAAUAUGAUGAGAUACAUUCGUCUCUCCCAGCCAACAAUCAUGCCCGAGCAUUUGGAACGGCAUUUGACGUUUCUUCCAAAGAAGCUAUCGUCGAUUGGGUUAACAAGUCUGCUGAGCGGGUGGGGCGUAUCGACGUCGUCAUUGCGAAUGCAUCUCCAAUGCACAUGGAAGGAGAAACAGAGCAUUGGCAGAGUAGUUUCGCGAUUGAUGUCAUGGGAUUUGUGGAAUUAGUCAAGGCCGCCGAGCCGUAUCUUGAGAAAUCUCCACAAGCCUCUAUUAUCGUGCAGAGCUCUUUCAUGGGUCGAGAGUUCUACCGCAGUCCACCUGCAGCAUAUGGACCAUGUAAAGCUGCCCAGCUGCAGCAUGUGCAGGAACUCUCACAUUACUUGGGCCCCAAGGGUAUUAGAGUCAACGCUAUCUCGCCGGGCCCAGUUCUCUGCGAGGGAGGCUCCUGGGAAAAAUCGAUGAAAACAAUGCCGGACUGGGUGGAAGAGCAACGGUUGAAAAUUCCCUUGAAAAGACUAGGAGAACCGCAGGAAAUUUCAAAUGUCGCAGUCUUCUUAGCGAGUCCGUUAGCUAGCUUUGUCACCGGAACAAAUGUUCUGGUGGAUGGAGGUAUUCAUGUGGGGACACAGUUCUAG